AUGAGCAUCAUGGAAAGCAUGCAAUCCGGCGGGGUAGCAUCGCUCAAGUCGGCCGCCGCCAUCAAAGCCAGUCAACCUCGAAGAAACCGCAUACGUCGAGGACAGAAACUCGAUGAAGUGGUCUCCAUGUCCGAGCAACGGCUCAGCCAGAUCGCUUCAGGCAACACUGAGGGCAAAGCAUCAUCUUUUUCCUCCCCUCCAUCUGGCCCAGGCGCUCCAGGUCUCUCUGCCUCUUCCUCGUUAUCAAACGCUGCUGGAGGAGACAGCCCCUUCCAACUCCAAGAGUAUCUCGCUAUGCUCGUCCGUCGCGAUCCACACAACGUUGAAGCCAUCACCUCUCUCCCCACCGAAGCCGACGUCGAACUCCUUACCACUACCGACAAAGGUAUAUCCAAAGACGACUCUCCCCCAACCUCCUCCUCCUCCUCCGACGAUGACUCCAUCUUCCAAAGCGUAGACACAGACAUUUGGGUCUACGAACAACUCCGUCGCCUUAUCCUCGACCUUACCACCCCCUGGCUCACCUCCCUCCAACUCGAAUGCGACAAACAUCUCCGGCCCUCCACCUGUGCAGCUAUGAACGCAGGCGAUUGGAUGUACCUAUGUGCUUCCCACGGAGAAGAAAAGCAAUGCUGUGCGAUCGACUAUAUGGUUCACACCCUCGACGGCGCAACGUCCUUACUCAACUCCGCGAGGCACUUCCCAAGUAGAACCUACGUGCCGAAUACGAGUUUGAGGCACUUUGGGAGCAUUGCAAGAAGGUUGAGUCGGAUCUUUGUCCAUGCUUGGUGUUACCAUAAGGAUGUAUUCUUGGCUUGUGAGGCAGAGACGAGUUUGUACGAAAGGUUUUAUGUUUUGGUGGAGAAAUAUGAUUUGACUGCGACGGAUAAUCUUCCGCCCCGGCCGGGGCAUGGAGGCGGUGGUGAGAAGCAUGGUUUGGGGGAUGCAGGGGAGGGGGAGGAGAAGGAAUUUUCAAGGGGUGCACCACCAGCACCGUUCACAUUGAACGGUACAACAGCGAAGAGGGAGAGGAGUGGUACGGCUGCUUUGCGAUCGCUUCUUACUCAACAGCUCAGCCAGCCACGGAAAGAACCAGCACCAACAGCAGCAGCAUCGACAGCACCUGCAGGGUCAGAAGUGGAUGCAGUGGGGUUAGUGCCUCCACCAGCACCCAGUCCCCGUCCAACAGCUAUUUUGAGCAGGCCAGACCACGAAGAAGGUGAUCAGGACAAUGCUCCUGCUUGGACAACCUUUGCUCGGCAGUCCCGAAGUGAAGAUGUUGAGGACGAGGACGAAGAUGAUGAUGCGGAAGAAGAAGCUGCUACGGGGGGUGAUUCGGAUGAUCAGACACAUAAGAUCGGUCAGAAGGGUGAAGAUGAUGAUGCGACGAUCAAUCUUUGUAGCUCUGGAUCGAUCGGUGGUCUCUCAUCUGUCGGUGUCUCUAAUGAGACUACGAAGAAGGAAUAUAAAGACAAGGUGGACGCGCUCGACGCAAAGAAGAGCGAGGAGAAGAGUGAAGAGAAGGAUAGCACUACCGCCUCUGUCUAG